AUUGCAAACUUUAGUUGAAAGGUCGAAGACGUAAAACGCAUGCUUCCUUGAAACAACAACAAACCGCUGAAUCUGUAUAUAUCUUAUUUCUCUGUGUUUGUGUUGUGGCUCGCUAUUUGCAGAGAUGUCCGGAAAGGCCAAAGAUAUCCUGAAGAUGGAUCUGUACGGUUUACUCGGCAUUGACAUCACUGCUACAUCGAAAGAGAUCAAGAAGGCCUAUCGACUCAAAGCCUUGACGUGCCAUCCAGACAAGAAUCCAGACAACCCAAAAGCAGUGGAGCUCUUCCACCAGUUGUCCCAGGCUCUCGAGGUGUUAACCGACGCCGCCGCCAAGGCCGCCUAUGACAAGAUCUGCGCCGCCAAGAAACAGGCGGAAGAAAGGAACCGAAAGUUAGACGAUAAGAGGAAGAAAAUUAAACUUGACUUGGAGACCAGAGAGCAACAGGCAGAAGCUCUGAGCCAGGACGAGUGGCAAAACACGAGAACACUCGAGGAAGAGGUGGCCCGGCUGAGAGAGGAGGGGUCCCGGCAGCUGGAGGAGGAACAGCGGCUCAUCCGAGACCAGAUCCGGAGAGAGAGAGAAGCCGAGAGGCCGCAGGCGGGGGACAGACGAGGGGAGAGGUGUUCCAGGGCCAGUGUGACCCCCAAAUUGAAGUUGAAGUGGAAGUGUAAAAAAGAUGACGAGACAAAUGGAGGCUACUCUCAAGACAUUCUUUUCAAACUUCUACAAAAGGUACAUGACGACCGAAAGAGGACUUCCACAAGUUUGACUUUUAUUUCUGUCGUAUCGACAAGGUACCGUUUAGGAUCAUUUUAAUGAAUCAUCCUUGAAGCUUCCCAGGAAACGGCCUCCCGUGUGUUGAUAUCGUCAGCGGUGUUGUAAAUGAAUGAAGGAGACUGCUUCACAGGAAUUGUGCAUUAAUUUAAUGAAGUACAAGUGUGAGGGACUUAAUUGACUUGAUUAAAC